AUGCUUUCCUUCAUUUCAAAGCUUCCCUCCAAGAUCCCUCUUGUUGUCUCUAUACAUGGAGAGCUGAAGAGGGUGACUGCUGAAUUCAUUGUUAUGUGCAACUUUGCGGUGGGCUUAAGCCGACAAUUUAACAGAUCUGUGAUACCUUCUAAACCCAAAUUUACAGAAAUGCCAUUGUGGAGUUAUUUAGCUCCUGAGUAUUUCAUGUAUGGAAAAGUAACUGACAAGAUUGAUGUGUAUGCAUUUGGAGUUGUUCUACUUAAGCUUCUUUCCAGAAGAAAACCAAUCAACAGUGGAUACCCAAAAGGCCAAGAGAGCUUGGUUAUGUGGGCGUUAUGCAAGGACAGUAGAAUUGUGCCUAGAGCUGCAACCACUGAAAUUGAAUUAGCAAGAAAACUGAAGGAGUUUUCUUUCUCGGAGACAGGAUUAGAUCAGUAUCCAAUUGGAAAAUUUGCAGAGAGCUUUCAAAUGAUACCAAAAACAUUAGCUGAGAAUGCUGGGCUUAAUGCUAUGGAGAUCAAAUCUACUCUAUAUGCGGAUCAUGCCAAUGGAAAUAUCAAAGUUGGCAUAGAUUUGGAGGAAAGAGCAUGGUUGAUGAAAGCGAAUAGCUCUGAAGUUAGAAGAGGAAAAGAAAGCUUAAGCUGA